CAUUCUGAGAGAUAAAUUCAUUGCCAAUAGCAGUGGGAUCAAGGCUUAUUAUUCAGGACAAGUCACAGUGAGAUCAAGAUCUUACAUAAAAGUCUAAGAAAAUAAAGUGGCAGAGCGAUAGCACAUUAGCGCUGUUUUCCGUGUAUUUUGGCACACGACACCAACUACAUCGAUACAAUGAUAGGAUAAAGAGGAAUCAGUUUCAUUCUGCUGUUGCAUACACAUACGGAGCCGCAAUAUCAGCCGUCAUUUCAAUCUACAUAACGAGUUUAUCGUCUUGACAAGUGGUAUCAUGGAAUUUUUGAGCUUCGACCCAUCCACUAAACAACUAAUCCUCGAUAACUGCGCAAUUCCAAAGCCAAAGGAGAAUGAAGUUUUAAUUAAAGUCGCGUUCUCCGGUAUUUGUGGGACAGAUUUGCAUAUUUUAGAUGGAUCUUUUCCCUGUAAGAAAGACGGUCGUUUAACACUUGGCCAUGAAUUUGCGGGGACAAUUGAAGCCCUAGGUACAGACGUAAAAAUAUUCAAAAUCGGACAAAGAGUUGCGGUGGAUCCAAACAGCGGCUGCGACAAAUGUAGUUAUUGUCACAGUGGGAAGUAUCACUUUUGUGAAAAUGGAGGAAUAAACAAUACCAUUGGAAUAUUCAGAAAUGGAGGAUGGGCGACACACGCUGUUGUUCCUGAGAAUCAGGUCCAUUUACUACCGGAAGGGAUCGAGAUGCCUCAGGCAGCCCUUACUGAGCCCCUAUCCUGUCUGGCGCACGGAUGGGACAUGAUAAAUCCUGUAGAUGUUGGCUCUAAAGUUUUAAUCAUCGGCUCUGGGAUCAUAGGACUCCUCUGGGCGUGUCUGUUGCACCUUCAUGGCUUGAGAAAAAGUGUCUCAAUCAGUGAACCUCAAGUCAGGAGACGAGAGGCCGCCAAAAAACUGGAUCUUGAUUAUGACGUGAGCAGCCCCGAAGACCUCAAGGCAAAAAGGUUUGAUCUUGCUGUGGACUGCAGUGGAUCAGGUCGGGCUAUGGAGGCCGCUGUGCCACUCUUGAGACGUGGUGGAAGACUCUGUGUCUUCGGAGUCGCUAAUCCAAAGGAUACACUGACUGUUAAACCGUUCGAGAUUUAUAUGAAUGAAUUGCAAAUAUUGGGAGUUAAUAUAAACCCGUUCACCUUCCCUAAGGGUCUUGAGCUUGUUCGAGCAAUGUCAGACCGUUAUCUAUCACUCGAUAAAUUGGGGAUUCGAGUUUUCAAGUUGUGUGAAUACAAGGAAGCCCUGGAAGCCUUAAAAGGUGGACAGAUCAGCAAAGCAAUUUUCAAGUGUAAUUAAAUUUAUAUAAUCGAUGGAGUUCACUGGCAAUAAGACACUAUCUGAUGUAGUCGACGCUGGCUUCUCCUAAUAUAAAUGUAUGUAUUUCUCAAAAUGUCACAAUAAAUGGAAAAUUAAUGACGAAUAAGACACUUCUGGAAGAAA